AUACACACCUCAACUUCCCUCUCUUCAUUGUUAUAAUUAGUAUAACAUCCACCAAAACUUCUCUCUUUCAUGUUCUUAGUUGAAAAAAGCAAUUUUAGUUCUUCAGGGAGUAUAUAUAUAUAAUGGAUCUCAAGUAUCCCCCAUCUCACUACAACUUAUCUUCAGUCAUGAAGAAGCAUCAGCGUCUUCAACAUCAUCGAGGAAAAGGGAGAGAUGAAGAGUAUGAUGCUUCUUCUCUCAGCUUGAACAAUCUGUCAAAGCUUAUCCUUCCUCCAUUAGGUGUUGCAAGCUACGACCAGAGUCGCAUCAUUUCUAGUGGAUGGAUCAUCUCACCCAUGGAUUCAAGACACAGGUGGUGGGAAUCAAUUAUGGUGCUUUUGGUUGCAUACUCUUCUUUGGUUUACCCCUUUGAAGUCGCAUUUCUAAGGUCCUCGCCAAAGAGAACUCUUUGUAUCACAGACAACAUCGUAGACUCGUUCUUUGCUGUUGACAUUGUCUUGACGUUUUUUGUUGCUUACAUAGACAGAAGAACACAGCUUCUUGUCCGUGAGCCCAAACAGAUUGCAGUGAGGUACCUUUCAACGUGGUUCGUGAUGGAUGUUGCGUCGACUAUACCAUUUAAUGCAAUCGGAUUCUUGAUCACUGGCACAUGCAAGUUGAAUCUCACUUGUAGUCUCUUGGGACUGCUCAGGUUUUGGAGACUCAGACGUGUCAAACAACUCUUCACAAGACUCGAGAAGGACAUAAGGUUCUGCUACUUCUGGAUUCGCUGCAUUCGACUUCUAUGCGUGACACUGUUUCUAGUGCAUUGUGCUGGAUGCAUUUACUACCUACUAGCAGACAUGUGUCCACAUGGAAAGACAUGGAUCGACGCUGUCCCAAGUAUCAGACAUAAAAGUCUUUACAUCAAGUACAUUGCAUCCAUUUAUUGGUCUAUCACAACAAUGACAACUGUGGGAUAUGGAGACCUCCAUGCUAGCAACACUAUUGAGAUGGGAUUCAUUACAUUCUACAUGUUAUUUAAUCUUGGCCUCACUUCUUACCUUAUAGGUAACAUGACUAAUCUGGUCUUGGAAGGAACUCGUCGUACCAUGGAGUUUAGGAAUAGCAUUCAAGCAGCGUCAAACUUUGUUAACAGAAACCAUUUGCCUCCUAGAUUGAGAGACCAGAUAUUGGCUUACAUGUGUUUGAGGUUCAAAGCAGAGAGCUCCAAUCAGCAGCAUGUUAUUGACCAGCUCCCAAAAUCAAUCCACAAAAGCAUUUGUCAACAUCUUUUUCUUCCAUCUGUUGAAAAAGUUUACCUCUUCAAAAGCGUCUCAAGAGAGAUACUUCUUCUCCUGGUUUCUAAAAUGAAGGCUGAGUAUAUUCCACCUAGAGAGGAUGUCAUUAUGCAGAACGAAGAGCCUGAAGAUGUUUACAUAAUUGUAUCAGGAGAAGUUGAGAUCAUAGAUUCAGAGAUUGAUGAGAGAGAUAGAGUGUUAGGCACUCUAAGAUGUGGAGACAUAUUUGGAGAAGUUGGUGCACUUUGUUGCAGACCUCAGAGCUACACUUUUCAAACUAAGUCUCUGUCACAGCUUCUCCGGCUCAAAACUUCUUUCCUUAUUGAGACAAUGCAGAUUAAACAACAAGACAAUGUCACAAUGUUCAAGAACUUCAUGCAGCAUCACAAAAAGCUGAGUGAUCAUCUAAGGACACAAAAAGAUGGACAAAACGAUGACGUUCCACCGAACAUUGCCUCAAAUCUUAUCAAUGUUGUAUCCACAGGCAAUGCAGCUCUUCUUGAUGAGCUUCUCAAGGCCAAGUUAAGCCCUGACAUUACAGAUUCCAAAGGAAAAACUCCACUGCAUCUAGCGGCUUCCAGAGGAUAUGAAGAUUGUGUUUUAGUACUCCUAAAGCACGGAUGCAACAUACACAUAAGAGAUGUGAGUGGUAACACGGCUCUAUGGGAAGCAAUCUCAUCGAAGCAUUAUGCCAUAUUCAGAAUCCUUUACCAUUUCUUAGCUACAACUGAUCCACAAAUAGCUGGAGAUCUCCUAUAUGAUGCAGUGAGACAGAACAAUGUAGAAGUAAUGAAGGAUCUUCUGAAAGAGGGGAUCAGUGUUGACACAGAGGACCAUCAUGGCUUCACAGCUUUGCAGGUCGCUGUGGCGGAGAAUCAAAUGGAUAUGGUGAAUCUCUUAACUAUGAACGGUUCAGAUGUGGUUGGUGUCAACACACAUGAGUUCAGACCGUUGGAGAAGUUAAGAGUUGUGAAAGAAGAAGAAAGAGUGAGUAUUUUCAGAGGGCAUCCAUUGGAGAGGAAAUCAAGAAGUUGCAAUGAAGCUGGGAAGCUUAUACUGCUUCCUCAUUCUCUUGAUGAUCUCAAGAAAAUUGCAGGAGAGAAGUUUGGGUUUGAUGGAAGUAAGACGAUGGUGACCAAUGAAGAUGGAGAUGAGAUUGACAGUAUUGAAGUGAUUAGAGAUGGUGACAAGCUUUACUUCAUGGAACAAAAUAAUUCAGAAAAUAAAAGAAAAUAAAUUAUGAAAACCGGUGGUGGUGGUCUAGUGUCGUUUGAGGGAAUUGAGAAACCCAAUAAAGCGAAUCCGGGUUCAAACCCCACCGGCCACACGGAUAUGAGUUAUUGUUUUCGACUCAUUUGAAUGCGUAGGAGAUGGUCUAUCCGUGAGUUAUACCUCCACCCGGGGGUUAGGCUUGUGUCAUCAUUGACCCGGAUUUAACCAUUUUCUUUUACAAAAAAGAAAUUAUGAGAUACACGAUCUAGCGUGAAAAAAAAAAUGAAUUAGAAAAAAACAUGCAUAUUGUAAUUUCUAGGUGAAAACGAUAUUUGUUUGUCCAUUUUCU